AUGACUGACAAGCUACCCCCAAAUCUCCUCGCUCUAUUCGCACCUCGGCCUCCUCUUCGAUGGGUUCCUCCUUCCGAUCAUCCUGCAGAGGAUAGAAAGACUGCCAACAUCACCGGAGUUGCAUCGUUCAUGCCACAGCUCGAGGAAUACAAGCAAACCGACAAGUACGAGCCGACUGAAUCGUGGCUGCAGAAGAAGGAUCGCAUUAAGGCGGAGAAGAAAGCUGCUCAAGAAGCUCUUCUCAAGAACCCUGCUGCAUACAAGCCCGACGAUGAUCCAAACAUCAGAGGCGAUGCAUUCAAGACCCUGAUCGUUGCGCGACUUAGCUACGAAGCGAACGACCAGGAUAUUGAGCGGGAGUUUUCAAGAUUUGGACCCAUUGAGAGAAUUCGCAUUGUUGUUGAUACUCAUCAAGAUGAGAAGCCAAAUAAGAAGAAAAAGAAGCAUCGUGGAUACGCAUUUGUUGUCUUCGAGCGAGAAAAGGAUAUGAGAGCUGCUCUAGAAAAUUGUGAUGGUAUUCGCAUAAAGGACCGAAGAAUAAAAGUAGACGUACAAAGAGCCAAAACUGUCCGUGGAUGGCUUCCUCGUCGUCUGGGUGGAGGACUUGGGGGCCGUGGGUAUACCAAAGCAGUACCUCCAAGACCAUCUGGACCUGGAUUUGGUGGACCAUCCGGGCCUGGUGGGUUCAGAGGAGGUGGAUUCCGCGGCGGAUUCGACAGAGGCCGAGGGGGAGGCGGUUUCCGUGGAGGCGGAAAUUUCCAGGACCGAGGCGGAUAUGGCGGAGGGGGAGGAGGAGGCAGAGGAGGUAUCGGAUACCAAGGCUCCGGAUUCUCCAGAGGAGGCGGUUAUAACUCCAGCGUUCCAGCCAACGCACCUGCUGGACCUCAAGGUGGCCGAGGUGGUUUCAGAGGCGGCUAUGGCGGCUCUCCCGAUCGUAACAGUUUCCCUGAACGCAAUGGUGGCUCAGGCGGUGGGUAUCCACGUGGAGGAGAUGGCUAUUCUCGUGGUGGAGACAGUCGCUCAUCUUAUGGAGGACCCAGACCAAGCGGAAGCAACAAUGAGCCGGUAAGACCAAGGGAUGGACCCAGGGACGGCCCCAGAGACUACAGAGAUUCCGGAUAUGACCGACCCCGCGAAGAUGAUUCCCGGAAACGUCAAUACGAAAGCAAUGGCUAUGAGGAUAGGGAUCCUCGCAAGCUUAGGAGAUACUAG